UCAGCACCUCCCUAGUUAAAUUGCUUUUACCAUCCAUCUGGGGGAAACAUCCUCCAAUCAGGAAAACUAUCUGGACUCUGGGCCUUAGCACGUUUGUGAUCUGUGUGCGCAUAUUACCAAGCUGGGAUCCGAUAUGAAAAUAAUUUCAAUUGUGUUCUAAAAGUUCGAAACUAAAAAUACAGAACUAAAAAUGUUGGGUUUGUCUUGGAAAUAUUUCCUGUGCUUUCUUGUUUUCACAUCUAUGAAAGGACGUCUAGAAAUAAGUACAGUUUCCAGUCCAGUGGUUGAUACCGAAGGGUUACAGUCACAAAGUGGACAAGACAAGACUUGGAGGAAUGAAAGGAUUUUAUUUAGUCAAUCGUUUUUUCAAAGAACCGUUCCAUCACCUGUCUUUAAAACUCUAGACGAGCAUAAAGGAGCGAUUCCUAGAAGAAAACGCAACGUGUUGUUCCCCAGUGGAGUUAAAGUUUGUCCGCAGGAGACGAUUCAACAAGCGAUCGCAAAUCAUUUGAAGUACUUCAGUCUGCGAGUGUGCCAAGAAACAAUCUGGGAGGCAUUUAAGAUCUUUUGGGAUCGCCUUCCUGACCGAGAGGAGUAUGUGGGCUGGAUGAAGCUCUGUCGGGAAGGAACCAUGAGCGUUUUGGAAAUCGGCAGAAACUUCAGCCAGUCAGAUGAGCAUCACCUCCUGGUACAGAAUAGAAUAUCCCUGGCAUCACUGAAAAGUGAACCCACCAACUCAUGGCUGCACUUGUGCAGCUCACACACAACAGCAGCUCCUGCAGAACCUGACAUCAUCACAACAAGCAGAGAUGAGACUGCCAGCGUCUCCCAGUCACACAUGGUCACUGUGCAUGUCACUCCUGCUGGUGAGGACAGUGAGAAUGAGGAAACAGAAGGCAGUAUUACCAAUGAAAUCGAGCUUGACAUUACAGAGAGGCCAGUCAGGCUGAUAUCAGAACAGGUUGUGGAGCUCAGCAUUCAGCUAACAGGAGAGACGUACAGUGAGGACCUGAGAGAUCCUGUUAGCUCUCGCUACCAGCUCCUGGCCCAGCAAUUCAUUGAGAAGAUUGAGGAUGCAUUUGAAAGGCUGCCAGGAUUCAAGGCUGUUGAUGUAAUUGAAUUCAGGCAGCAAAAGGACUCCAGGGGAGGUAACGCUGUGGUUGCACACUACACUGUGACCUUUGAAGCGGGUAUGGGUGGGAUAAGCAACGAGACCAUGGAUUUCAUCAACCUGAAGUCCAAUAUGGUGGAAGCAUCCUACCCAGAGCUAGACGAGAGCCCCACUGUGGUUUACACCAUCACAGACUUCCGCAACUACAUCACAGAAGCCCUGCACAAGGAAUCCUUUGUGGGAAACACCUCCUUGACCGUCGACCCUGACUCUCUCCAGCUGGCAAAAGCUGAAAGUGUCCUGACAGGGAAGCCCAGCCAGGGAAGUCUCAGGCCAACCCACGGCCCAGCUGACCCUCCCGACAGUAUGGACAAUAUUCUGGCAUCAGAAAAACCACCUGAUACACCUUCAGAGGACCUGACCAACAAUGACAUCUUCAUCAGUGGCUCCAUAAAAGAAAAUUUUAAUCUUGACACUGUGCAUCCUAAUGACUUGUGGCCAGGGUCUCUGAGCCCUCCAGCUAAGGAGAAUGAUGUUAUAGUGCUGGAGGAGAGCCCUACUCCAGUGUCUCCUCACCUGUCAGAUUUGGUCCUUGACUUGAGACCUGAGUCUACGGUGGAAUCAGAUAGAUCCAUCAGUACGUUCUCACCUGACAUUGAAGAUAAUGGAAAUGUUGAAGAGGAAGGCUUCUUUUUCAGUAACACAGUAGCUCCAAAGCCAGUGCCAACAGACAGCCCAAAAAUAGCAACUUCACACGUUGCUCCUGAUAUGGACCUUCCAACCGCCCUGCCAUCCUUGUCAAUGGACAUCACAGCUGAAGAUUCAGGAGUGCCCAGAUCUACAGCAGUGCCUCCCACAUCUGGCCAAGCUGAAGAUUCAGGAGUGCCCAGAUCUACAACAGUGCCUCCCACAUCUGGCCGAGCUGAAGAAUCUGAAAGGGCAAGUUCCUCCUCAAAAUCACUUGUUCCAACUGAGGCACCAAAGCUUUUGAAAACAACAGAAACCGUGAUUUCCACCUUACCUGAUACACAGUCUGAAGGAACAUUGCCAUAUGGUUUGAUUCUUACAAAGAGCGACAUGAAUACACCAGCCAUGAUGUCUCCAACUCACAGUUCUCCCACUUCCUCCUCACUUGAUAAAUUGCUGAUGACGGCAACCGGAAAGCCACUAGUAGUGUCUCCUUCCCAAUAUCCCUCUACCCCAUCUGCAUCUGAUGUAGCUUUUACGUCAAAUGCUGCUUCAGAGAGUACGACAGAGAAGCUUACUGACGUGUUUGACCUGGGCUCUGGUUCAGGGUUCUUCAUCUCUGGACAAGAGCAAGGGCCUGAUCAGUGGCCAUGGUUGACUGUAACAUCUGACUCCAGUUACUAUCAAGAGGCACAAACAAGCCCAGACAUUAAUUCACAUUCACCACUGAGUACAACUCCAGAACAUACUGAUGAGUCCGUACCUCAUGUCAUGACUGAUUCUCCAGAUGUUUUAAAUGAGGAGAUUACUUUAUCUGAGGAUUAUUUUUAUUCUAAAAAUGCAAACACGACACCUGUGGAGGAUAAAGAAUCUGGGAUAGACUUGGAGACACAGGAAACAUUUUUGAAUAGAGUGCUUGUUACCGAAGAUAUACGAAAUGUACCUCACUAUACCACUACAGAUGAAGCCCCUGUUUUCUGGACAAUGGAGACAUUAACAGUCGAACUUUCCAUGCUAACCUCUGAGGCCUCUGGCAUGUAUUAUGAUUAUUAUACAAGUGAGUCAUCUACUACGGUGUCACCGGUCACUGAUUAUUCUCUUCCUGAUAUGAACACGGAUGAGAGCACCACUGUAGCCCCUGUCUUAGAAGGACCAAUGACAACAGCACAACAAUCUGAGGAUCAGGAAACUGGGGGAAAUUCAUUUGAUAAGGAGAGCAUAUUUGAAGUUGUUUCAACUAAAGAGUCAAUGACCACAGAUUCAUUUGAGAUGGGACAAUUUCCAGCACAUCCCGUGACCUUCACCAACCUUAUACAUGGAGACACAGGAUCAUUGAAAACAACCCUGGAUGAAUCCAGUGUUGAAUUAGCCACAAAAAAUGAACCUGUCGCAGAAGUAGGCACUCAGGAGCAGCCCGUCAUUACGUCUUUCACCGAGGAACCUCCGUUUUUGGAAAACAGAGACAAGAGUCAAGGGGAUAAAGCAACUGAUGUCUCGAAAGAGAAGGUUACACACACCCUGACCACAGACAUGCCUGCAACUUUGAUUCCAGUGGAGGACAUUGCUGAUGAAGAAAUUUUAACCGUUGACUUGACAAUCAAAGGCCCAGCAUUAGUCACGGAAUCCUUAAGUACUGCAUAUCCUCUCACACAGUCUCCUGAAGAAGAAUUUACUUUGACUAAAUCCUCUGCUGCUCUGCCUCUGGAAGUAGAAUCUGACACUUUGCAUCCAGCGCUGUCAGAGCAACUAAUAACUGUUCCAUAUUUACCGGAUGAAACCUCCUCUAAGGAAGUCAGUGUAGAUACAAGUCUGACCCCAGAUGUAACAGACACAUAUAAUAGUCCCAUAACAUUUGCUUCCACAAGUAUUGACACUCAAAGUGAAGUUUACUCAUUAGCUACAAUGCCUCCAUUGAUUCAGUCGAACACCAAUGGACCAACAGACAGCUUUAUGGUCACUACAAUGUCAUCUGGCAGGAAACCUCAGGACAUUAGCACCACACAAAGGCCAACUGUACCAGCUCCCACAAAGCCAUACCAACCAACAAUCCACGUGGACAAUGAUGUCAUCAGUACAACAUUGCUAGAAGGAGAAGCCUAUAUACCCCAAAAUCCCAACAUUACAGAUUUUGACUUAUCCAUUCAAGAAUAUCACCACACAAGGGGGAAUAACACUGAGCAGGAAAGCAGUGGUUACACAUCUGUGAAUGAACAUGCUACAGACAUGGCCAGCAUAGCCAUGCCUACCAAUGGAAAUUUCACUACACCUACAAGGGCACUGGUAGUUUUCUUCAGCCUGCGGGUGACCAACAUGAUGUUCUCUGAGGACCUAUUCAAUAAAAGCUCGGCUGAAUACAAAGCUUUGGAGCAAAGGUUUCUGGAGCUUCUUGUCCCUUACCUGCAAUCCAACCUAUCGAACUUCCAGAACCUUGAAAUACUCAACUUCAGGAAUGGUAGCAUUAAAGUGAACAGCAGAAUGAAGUUUGCCAAACCUGUGCCCCGUGAUGUUACUAAUGCAGUCUACCUCAUUCUUGAAGACUUCUGUAAUACUGCCUACCAAACGAUGAACCUUGCCAUUGACAAAUACUCUCUGGACGUGGAGUCAGGUGACCAGGCUGACCCCUGUAAGUUCCAGGCCUGUAAUGAGUUCUCUCAGUGCAGAGUUAAUCGCCGGACAGGGGAGGCCGAAUGUGUGUGCAAUGCUGGGUAUUUCAGUGUGGAUGGACUGCCCUGCCAGAGCAUCUGUGACCUUCGGCAAGACUUCUGUUUGAAUGAUGGGAAGUGCGAUAUCAUACCAGGGCAAGGGGCAAUUUGCAGGUGCCGAGUGGGAGAGAAUUGGUGGUACCGUGGGAAGCACUGUGAGGAGUACGUCUCUGAGCCGCUGGUGGUGGGCAUUGCUAUUGCCUCAGUGGCUGGCUUCCUGCUGGUGGCGUCUGCUGUCAUCUUCUUCCUAGCCAGAACUCUGCAGGACCAAUACGACAAGGAGGACUCUGAAGAACCUGUCAGACUUGGGGAUAGCCUGGCCUCGAUGGAGAAGGCAGUGAAGUACAACCCCAUGUACGAGAGUGAUGCCACCACAGGCUACAGCCACUAUUAUAGACGCUACCCGCAAAUGCCCUCCUACAGCUCUGCCAGUGCAGAGGCGUCCACUGACUUCAGCAGUGAGGAGAUCAGGCACAUCUAUGAGAACAGUGAGCUCACCAGAGAGGAAAUUGAAGACAGGAUACGAAUAAUAGAGCUUUAUGCAAAGGAUCGCCAGUUUGCAGAGUUUGUGCGGCAACAUCAGAUGGCCAUGGAUAUCAGAAGAGAAAGUCCUUCCAACUAGACCUAUCGGGUACUGUCGAUGUGGCUGAACAUGCCUUGGAGUCUCAUGAUGAGACAGGAGAUUUGGAGCAAGAAGUACAAGAUACUCCUGCAGUCAUGGGCUUGGAUGAAGGCCAACCAUUGUAGAAUGAUUAGCUCUGAAGUUUUUUUUGCAGUUCUGGCCCUUUCUUUGAUAAUUGGUGUGUUUCCUCGUCAGCUGCUGAGAGUUUUUUUUGUUGACACUUUUAAAAACGUGUUCCCUUGCUGAGGAACGUAGAGAGUAAAUGAAUGGUCUGUUUUUGUUUAAAAGGGGUCAAAGCGAUGUGCAUUGUUGUUAUGUUGCUCUUCUUUACAGUACAUAUCACAGCUAUCGUUUUCAUUUAUUUCAUGUUAAUUUCAUGAUGUAAUAGACUCAUGGGCUGUGUGGUUCUAUGGAGAUUUGCACAGCUGUCUCACUGUCCUUGGGUUUGGCAUUCAAUUCUAGACUGGGGCGCCUUCUAUUGGACGUUUGGAGGUUCUCCUGUGUUUACACGGGAUUCCUCCUCGCACUCCAGUAACUUCCAAAGACAUUACUGAUAGAUUGUGGAUAGUCUGAUUGUGUAGAUUGCCCAGGAGGAACAGGAGUGGGAUCUCUUUUCAUUUCUUUACCCUGUUUUUAUAUAGCUCUGCUGCAUUGCUGACCCAUACUUGGCUGAAAAGAGUUGUCAGUGAAAACACAAUACAACUGUUUGGCAACAUGUCCACCAGAAUUGUUUCUGGAUUUUAUGAGUUUGCUGUAGGAUCAAUAACACACCCAUUUGUGACAUUACAAGAAGUGGGGAGGCCUGGGGACGUGCAUGCUGUUUUUCCUCUUCAGUGCCUUCCCCUAGUUCAAUAAUGUGUGCUGAAAAAAGUGGUGUAGUGCAGUCAGAGUCUUCGUAAGAGAAAGGCACCCUGUUUCUGAAACUGAAACACAAUCUGCAAAUGCCGGUUUUCUUAGCACAUCACAAGAUCCUCAUCAGCAGGAAAUAAAAUGCAUCAUAGUAAUUAAAGAUCUAAAUGUUUAAAACCAGAAUUGUAUUUUGUAUGUUAUUCUGUUGGGAAAAUAAGGGAAUAUUUGGACUAAAAACAUUUUUAUUGUAAUAUAGAGUGUGUACUGCAUUUAGGUUUUAGAAUUAAUUUUUAAAUAAUUCCUGAUCAAUUUUUAAAAGAAAAGUGUUUUGAUGAAGUUCAGCUUGCACUGCAGGUGUAAGGGAAUCAUGCAGCUUACCAAAAACUAGAAUAGCACUAGGUAAGAAGACUGCUUGUUAGUUAAAAAAAUAGUGUUUUUGUAUUUUAGUUUACAAAAUCUGUUUAGCCUUUAUUAUCUGAGUUAGAAUCAGCAUUACCCUGAAUGAGUUCUAAUGAAAUUUGCUUUUUAAAAAGUUGUUUAUAAUUGUCAGCUGGUUAGUGCAAAUUACUGUAAAACAAAGUGCUAUAGAGUACUGUCUUACGUUUACUAUGAAUGCGUUACUUAAUGUUGCCAUUUAAACCAUGAAAACGUCUGUACAACCUCAUCUCGUGCUCAGUUACAUUAUUCACUAAUGUAGUAAAGUGAUUUAGAAUUUAAACCACCAGGAAAAAGUAGUGCUUGCGUAGAUACCUGCUACUCAAUCAGAGAACUGAAGCAGACAUUGUUUCUUUCUUCUGUGUGAUUUUUGUCUCACUCUUCACAGAAGAUCUCUGAGACAAAUACCUUUUUAAUGUGUUCUGGAGUGCAGCACCACCAUUCCAUCUCAUUGUGGUUUAGAAAAAGAGAGUAAAUGAAACCAUCUCAAACCAUUGCAACUGACUGGACUGACAGAUUUGCUUUAUCGCUAACAGUUGCAAUUUUGUAUUUGCAUGAAGCAGUGAGAGCAAAAACACCCUUAAGACACAAAAACCAUAAUUUAGAGGCAAAUUGAUUAUCUUCUUUUCAGGCAAGAAAGCAAUGGACACAAUUGUGAACAAAGUGAGUGAGCAAGGGAAAAAACUUUGUGGGAGCUGUUAAUGAAUGAAUUAGGAGAAAUGCAUCAGACAUUUGGUGCUACUUUGCAGGGCAGUUUGUUUGCUUUUGUGCACAGAAGCAACUUUAGGAGAUGUGCAGAAAUUGUAUUUAGUCAGAUUUCUGGAAAUAUGUGUGAGAAGAAAAUAACUGAUCAGUAAGUGAAACAAUCUCAGUAUAUUUAUCUCGUGCUUACUCUGAGAUUUGCAGUGCUUGUUUCAUGAAGCACAGAAUGCUUUUUUUCUUUUUUAAAUAUUUUUUUUUUUAGGAUUCUGUUUUUCUUCAAGAAGCUAAAACAAUAUGGGAAAAAGUGAUCAUAUGAAUGGAAAAUCUGUACUCAGGUUGUUCUCUUUUGUUUAUUUACACGGUGGAUACAAUAUCGAUUGCAUAAUGUGGGUGUCAACUUCAUUUCACAAUAAUAAUCUAUCUGAGAAAUAUGGAAAAUUAUCCACAAUUGAGAUGCUAAAACAUUUCUUCAUUUACUAGAAUGAAAAUAAAGUAUGCUCUAGAUUACAGUGUACUUUAUUGUUAUUACUCAUACUGGCCAAAAAGUUAGGCACCCUCAGACAACUGAAUAUAUUCUCUGGUGACAGGCAGUGAGUGGUUUGCUAAACAUUGGCUAAAAUAGACUUCACAUCAGUUUUUCUUUUUUUAUCAGACAAAUCUCCUGUUGAAAACUGAAGGAUUGUGCGGUUCCUUUUCACUAACCACGAAGCUGAUCAGAUCACAUCAUGUCAGUUGAAGGUUGUUCUGUGAAAAAAAAAAACUGUGACAGGAUUGAUUUACAAGUAUUUCACAACCUUGUAAAUUCACAGUCAGCAUAUUCUCCAGGGGUUCCUAAUAUUUUGGCCAGUGAGUGUAUGACUUCUUCUUAGACUACAACUAAGAAUGGCAGAACAAUGCAAAUAAGUUUUGUUCCUGCAAGACUUAAUUCAACUUAGAGUAUGUCUGCAAAUUUGACACUUGCACUUUCAAUUAAACUACUUCAGAAGCCAAAUGGCUUGCUAUUUGAUUAUUUUGGAUUUGGGAUUUAUGUAGACCUUGUAACUUUAUGAAUAAUUAUUAAUAGUAAGAAAUAGCUUGAAAUGGCCCAAAACAAUGUAUCUUUAUCCUGGAUUUAUUUUUAAUUAUAGCACUUAGAAGUUUGAGAUUCUCAGCAUAUACAGUAUAGCCCUUUGACGUUUUUUAUUUAUAAUUACAUCAGUGUUUUUUUCAUAAAUUGCUUUAUGUACAUCCUGUAUUUCAUUUUAUGCAAGAAGACAAAAAAGGCAAAAAAGUGAGGCUUGGAUGAUGUUUUCUAGUAAAAUGUUUACUAAAUGUUUACUAAAUUAGACAAUUUAGUAAAAUGUUUAUGCCUUUACAAUACAUUCAUCAACAUAUUUUAAGGUUUGUCUCAUGUAUCAAGAUAUUCCGGUCUUCACCCAAGCCAAGACCAAACCAAGGUUUUGUGUACCUCACUAUACUUUAUGAAUCAUAAUGAAAAGCUGGUAUCUUUAAUUGUACAUAAAUUGUCGUUUUUAAUAAAGCAGUGCAUCCUUAU